UUUAAUUUACAAAAAUGUGAGGGAUCCCUGUCAUAGAGACCGUCUAGUCCGCAUUAUUGCGUGUAUAAAACUAAGGUGAUGCCGGUGCUCUAGUUUCCCAGUUGUCCCUGAACGCGCCUCCUGGAGUAACCCGCUCCGGUGUGUCCGUUUGUUUGUUUCACGGCUUUGGCUCUGCACGGUACCGGUACCGGGAUCAGGACCCUCCGGCCCGGCUGCUGCCCCCCCAGAGCUCCGGUUGAGGACAGACGUUUCCUGUCUCUGUGUUCCUGAGUCUCUGACCGUCUGUUGAUCUGAUGAAGGUCUGACUGACUGACAGCUUCAUCAUCCUCACCAUCUACAGCCACAACCGCACCAUGAGUGUAUGAUGUCUGAGAGCAGCUGCUAUGGCCUGCAGCGGCGGUCAGACUAAUGCAGAGACCCUGGAGGGGUUCCAUGAGGUGAACUUGGCCUCUCCCACCACACCGGACCUGCAGAACCAGGCGGAGCAGCGCCCCCCCGCCCGUCACAGCGCUCCUCCCACCUCCCUCUACCGGACCCACUCCCUGGGAGCGCCCCCCGCUGGACGCCCCACCUCCCUGCGGGCCGACCAGCUCCCCACUCAGCCCGUUUACUCCACGCCACGCCACAGCCACAAUGGAAGCGUGCCGGGCCAGGAGGCGGAGCUCGCCGAGGGCAGCUUCCUGUCCGGGGAGGACGGCGAGGAGUGCAGCGCGCUGAGCGACAGCCUGUCACGCCUCCGCAGCCCCUCAGUGAUGGAGGUCCGAGAGAAAGGAUACGAGAGGCUGAAGGAGGAGCUGGUGAAGGCCCAGAGGGAGCUGCUGUUGAAGGAUGAGGAGUGUGAGAGGUUGUCUAAAGUCAGGGACCAGCUGGGCCAGGAGCUGGAGGAGCUCACCGCCAGUCUCUUCCAGGAGGCUCAUAAAAUGGUCAGAGAAGCAAACGUCAAACAGGCGAAUGCUGAGAAACAACUGAAGGAAGCCCUGGGGAAGAUUGACGUCCUGCAGGCGGAGGUGCAGGCCCUGAAGACGCUGGUCCUCUCCUCCCCCACCUCCCCGCUGGGCGAGCUCCCUCCUGCAGGAGGCUCCAAGACUCCCUUCAGGAAGGGCCACAGCCGGAACAAGAGCACCUCCUCGGCCAUCAUGGGGACGCAGCCGGACCCGUCGGCCACGCAGCCCAUCGUACGGGAGUGCAGAGAGGUGGACAGUCAGCUGUUCAGCGACUUCAAGGCGUGGAAGGAGGAGCCCACGCUGGAGCGCGGCUGCUGCUUCCUGGAGAGAGUUUACCGUGAGGACAUCUACCCCUGCCUCACCUUCAGCAAGAGCGAGCUGGGCUCGGCCAUCCUGGAGGCCGUGGAGCAGAACACGCUCAGCGUGGAGCCGGUCGGCUUCCAGCCGCUACCGGUGGUCAAAGCCUCAGCUGUGGAGUGUGGAGGACCAAAAAAAUGUGCCCUGAGCGGUCAGACCAAAACCUGUAAGCACAGAAUCAAGUUUGGAGACUCGUCCAACUAUUACUACGUGUCUCCGUACUGCAGAUACAGAAUCACAGCAGUGUGUAAUUUCUUCACCUACAUUCGCUACAUCCACCAAGGGCUGGUCAAACAGCAGGAUGCGGAGCAGAUGUUCUGGGAGGUGAUGCAGCUCCGCAGGGAAAUGUCCUUCGCCAAGCUCGGCUACUACAAAGACCAGCUGUGACCGACGGACAGCUCCGCCCUCCAAUCACAGCAGACGCCGCCCUGAAGCCCCGCCCCCUCCUGCUCCUGGUUUUCCUCCUCUCAUCCGGUCAUCCCAGACAGCCCCCCU